AUGGAAGGCUCAUUCACCGCAGCCCAGUGCGACAUCAGGAGAGAAACUGAGCACCGGUAUAACCGCAUCUUCAGCGCACUCUGGGAACGGCUAGAGGCCCUCAUGCAGACCCCCUAUUCGGGGACCACAACAGGAGGCACUCUCCAGGGUCCGACAAGUGCAGUUGCGAGGAGUAACAAGGCUUGCCCCACACACCUCACUCGCAUGACGGGCAAACACCGGCGCAGACGCCGCCAGCACAGAGUGGCCAAGAACCCAGAGACUCCCAUGCCACACCGCCAAAGGCUGCCCCACCAUGCCUGCAAAAACCCAAGAGCGGCAUUACCCACCUGA